UAUUUAACCGUUGAUAACGAGCGAAUAAUAUCGAACAAACGCGUUCUGAUUCACCCGCGACAUUAUUUGUUGUAUCUGCGCAAUGAUUGCGUGUAAGGAAUCCUUUUUUUUUUUCUCUCUUUAUUCAUUGUUUUUCUCAAUAUCGUCGCAUUAUCACAAUAACACCGGUGCGCAAGUAGUGAUUGUAAAGUAUAUAUGACCAUUUAUCGUCACGCACGCAGUCGGAACAAGAGAGAGGGAAAGAAUAAUUCAGAAAAGACAAGAUGAGAGAAACUGUGAAAGAAGAAGAAAGGAGGGAAUAGGUAUACCCAUUUAACGAAACGGGGAAAAUGAGAGAAAAGAUAUCGUGCGAGGACUACAAAUAUUGGAAUGUUUAUAUAUUUACUCUUUUCACAUCUUUCUCCAUUUUUCUCACUCUCUCUCUCUCUCACCUUCUCUCUUUCCAGUGCAUUCGUACGCUAUGCAGUUGCUGCAACUGCAACGUUGCGAUAGCAUUUUAUGAGAGUUACGCUGCCAACAUAAAAGGGACAUUAUACUCCGACUGUACAUACGCAAGUGUCUACAUAUACACGUAUAUAUACCGACUACACAUCAACUAUAUAAAUGAAUAUGUACCAAAAGAAUCGACGCUACAUUUUAUAUUUAAUUAUCUCAAAAUGAGGAUCCACAAGCCACCCACCCACUAUAUGCCGCCGUCCAAUCCAAUGAACAUCAAACCUAGAAACUCAUUUUUGGCUCUGUGAGGCAAAAAAAUAAAAGACCUGACGUCAACAUCAUGCAUGUGUUUUAAACAUUUUCUCAAAACCAGCUGAAUUGUUAGUUUUAUUUCACAACUAUCGCACGAGAAGAAAAAAUUCAUGCGGAACACGUUUAGAAUGAUUAUCAUAGAUAAAUGUAAUGAUUUGUAUUCCAUUCGCUGAUGAAUGAAAGAAUAGGAUAACGGCGAAACGGGUGAGAAUUAUGAAUUUCGAAAAUACACUCGAAUACAGAUGACGUGUAAAAUUUCGUUAAAUUAUAACGUACGGCCGGCACGAAUGUUUUGCCAAUAACGUAAAUGUAACAUAAAAUUGUGCAUGGGAAAAUUUCUGAUCGUACUUACAUAAAAAAAAAGCGGAAAAAGAGGUAUUAUACGUGGCAAGUACGGUGCACACGACGAUGUGAAAAUAAAAGAAGAAAAAAAACCGACGAAGGAAAAACGGAAAAAAAUUUCGGACUCGUCGGACUCCAUCGGAGUCGCAAUAUUCGCGCAGUUAUCUCAUUCCCCGGAAACUUUCACCGCAGAGACCAAUAACGUGAUUGUUGAUUGGUCGAUUGUUGGACCUAUAUUUAUGUGAGCGUGUGGAUCGAAAAAACGUUCAAAACCUCCCGUGUGCGGGUAAAUACCUAUCCUAAAUUAAACAAAGCUGACGACCUACAUACGUGUGAAAAAAUGAAUGAAUAAAAUUCCUACAACAUUUUUCGUUUUUCGUGGGGCGUUUCGCUCUUCGCCUAUUUUCCAAUCCAUUGUAUUUCUUAUCCAAGUUUAUCAUACGUUUGUACUACAUUCGUUCGCAAUUAACAUACAAACGUUUUGCAUCGGCUCUUGUGAGAAGGAUUCUUUUUUCCACCCUAUGGCUGGAUUUUCGACGAGCGCAAUUUCUUUUACACCCUCGUUUAUAGUUUUUCUCAAAUAUGCGUAGCGUACGAUGAUCCAGGAGCUAAAGAGAAAAAAGUAGAAGGAAAACUAUCGUCGAGCCGGAUAUCGAAAUUUUCAUUUAUUUGGCAGAAGUUAGAGGUGGCGAUUUCGUUUCACUUGGAAAAAUAUUUUUCGUACAGGGUUGGAAGCUUAGCGGACGCAAAUCUGUUCUGUAAAAAUCUGAAUCUAAAAUCCGAGAGCCGCGUAGGCAUCCGACGCCGCCGCAAGUUCCAGGAGUAUCAGAAUCUCGUUGCAAUAUACAUGUAUACAAGUCCGAAGAAUCUACAGCACGUAUAAGCCGUACGGGAGAGACUCCGAGUGUUGGUGAAUAAAUGUAUGAUACAAAGCGUGUUCGCCGUAAAGGUGUACGUCGGGGUCCACCUGUUGCCUCCGAGCAUCCUAGUCGUCCGCCAUCUCUGUAUUUUGUCCAAUGAGGAGUGUUUAUUUCCCCAGUACAGUAGUGGGAGUUGAAAAGCUGCGUGGGUUGGCUACGUCCGUUAUCCUACGGGAGCGGGACGCGCCGAGGCACGAUAUUCCCGUGGGCGAACUUAUACCCGUCUGACUAUUUCAUUCCAGGACUCAUUUUACUCCUGGCUAUGAUCAUGCGACGAGGUAUACAUGCGGGCUUGUAUAUCGUAGAAUUGCGCUAAAAAUAUAUUAAAAAACAAAAAACAAAAAAAAAAACGACAAAGUUCAACCCUCGACGUAUUCGGUUUGACAUUAUCUCGCUAAUUUUUUGAUCUGAGUGAAGAAGAACUUGUCCUCCGGGUACCGAAUUUGGAAAGUCCGAUCGAGAGUGAUUUUUUAACCGGAUAACAUUGAAAAAUUAUAUUUAAAAAAACAGCCAAGGAUAUACGACACGACAUUUAAUUUCUCUAAUCUGCACGUUUGAAACGUAAAAUGUGUUGAGAUAUAAACAUGAACACGAAUAAUUGUUGACGAAUAUAUUGUGCGAUAAAUGUAAAGCGAGUCCGAAAGAAAAAACGAACUCUUCGAACUACCGCCCCCAAAAAUGUUGUGCGGAUAUCGCGAUUUCCCUAGCGCGGGCAUUGCUUCGCAAACCGAGAUUUUGUUUCUUUGAAAAUCGAAGGAAAAAGGAUCCCCUCGCCCCCCCGAAUUAUCUUGGUGUGAAUUUUUUUUUCUCUGUGUGUUUCAAGUUUCAUCGAGGAUAAUAAGAAAAAAAAAAUUAAUGAACACUGCGGGGGUAGAAGAAGACAAUUAUCGUUGAUCGAACGAUUUUGGUUUCUGCAAAUUCAAGAACUUUGUCGAUCAAAAAAAAAACGAAAAAAAAAAAACACACACCGUACAUCAAGUCGUUGAAAUGUCAUCAAAGACGAUGCACAACGAGCACAUAAAAAGACCGAUGAACGCGUUCAUGGUUUGGUCAAGAGGUCAACGUCGGAAAAUGGCACAAGAAAAUCCGAAGAUGCACAAUUCGGAAAUAUCAAAGAGACUCGGAGCCGAAUGGAAACUACUGAGCGAAGGUGAAAAACGACCAUUCAUCGACGAAGCCAAGAGAUUAAGGGCACUGCACAUGAAGGAACAUCCCGAUUACAAAUAUCGUCCACGCCGUAAGCCGAAGUCUUUGGUCAAGAAGGAGAACAAAUUCGGUUUUUCGCUGUCUCCGUUGAUGUCGUCGAACGACAGUUUGAUGAGCGGAAUACCCAGGAGCCUCCUUCCCCCCAUAGCGCCACCGACGCACUCGCUCCUUUCCCACGAGGACCUUAAAAUACCCCGAUUUUUUCCACCCUUUCCGUACCCGCUCUACCCGCUCCAUCACAAACUCGGCGACGAUUUCACCGGUGGCAAAUUAGCCGCCGAUCUGGCCUUCCAAGCGAUAUACGGAUCCUCGUUCUACUCCCAAGCGGCCGCGCAAGCCUGGCCGGGAAUCGGUACUCAACCCUGCGCUCCGAAUUGCGGCUGUCCGGCGAGUCCGACGGGCGAAUCGAAACGACCUCUGUAUCUCCUCGUAAAACCGGAAGACCGUUACCCAACGGCACCCGCGAAAUCGGAGGUCCAUCAUCAGGAUUCCAAGGAAGAAGUGAUCAGAUACUCGAAAGUUUUGUUGCAAGAUGACAGUUCGCCGGUUGACAACCUUGAGGAGGACAAAUUCUCGGCUUCGUCGAGAUCGGAGGAACGUUACGGUUCGAGGGAACGUUUCGACGGUACGAUUAGUUGCAACGGUACGCGAAUCGUUAAUACUCCGCACAGUAACCAAAGUAAUCCGAAGGAUAAUUGCGGUUCGUUUUCGGUGACGAGUUUAACGAGUGGCGGCUCAUCGUCGAGUGAGGUACCCCAUCACGUUAUAUGAAGACCACUUCCGGUUCUUCCGGAUUUAAAUUUCCGCGGGAACCAACAUCACCACCAUCACCAUCACCACGUAAACGCGUCCAACUGGGCCGCAGCCGGUGCACCGGAUUGGUGGAGAAUACCGCCGAUGCUCUCGCCUAUUUCUCAAUCGACCGUGACAACCGGGAGUUCCAACGUCGUGACAUCGAAUGACAGAAAUUCAGUAGAUUUAAACAGAAACAUAAAUAACGAGAACAACAGUUCGGUAAUAGAUGCGUCCAGGUCACCCGAUCACUCCAAGGUCAACGGUGUUUGAGUGAAAUAUUUUGUGAUUCGAUCGCACACAGACUGCAGUGUUUCGACGAUGCGAUCCGUAUACGUUACCUAAGUAAAUCAUUGGCGCGUUACGAAAAAAGCAUCGCGUACUUUCUUUGUUAGAGGUCGAUGAUAGCUCAGCGAAUUUAUUCCACUUACUUUCGUAGCGAGAGAAGAAACGUAGAUUCGCGUAUGAAGAAAUGAACGUACAUUUGGAAACUGACCGAUAGUACACAGUUCAUACCCAGCCAGACGGACUGCAAAUUCCGUAAGCCGAUCUGCAUAAAUAUAAUUCAUCUGGGUCUUCUAUCGUCGUCAAUUGAACCUCCGAAACGAAAGCUUGCGCUACCAAAAGAG